AGAAAGGUGAGGAAGACAUUAUUAUCUGAGCUCAGUGUGUGAAUUUAAUCAACGACUAAAACACUUUCGUGAGAUAUAACUUUCACCGGCUUUUAAGGAAGUAAUAGAGACUAAACUUAACUGUAGAGUAAGCACAGUUAGUCGCUGAUAUUUUAUUUACAUACAGACAUCUAGUGCUACCCACGUUGUUGUAAGUUUUUUGUUGACACAAACUUUUUUUCAACAUUGUCAUCGUUAUAUUUUUCACCCAUGGAGGUUUUAACGUAAGAAGACGGUAUUUUUAAUCAAUGAAAUGGGAUUUACCGGCACGAGGAAAGUGUCGUGGGACCGUACAUCUGUUUCAGUGGGAGAUUCAACAUCCUGAACCUGCUCGGACACUUUAACGACUUUAUGUUUUUAUCAUCCAUGGAGUCUGUUGGGAAGUUUGAGUUUAACAGGAAAGACUUGAUUGGUCACGGCGCCUUUGCAGUUGUGUUCAAAGGCAGACAUAAAGAGAAACGUGACUGGGAAGUUGCUGUAAAGUGCAUCAACAAGAAAAACUUAGCCAAAUCACAAUCUUUGCUUGGUAAAGAAAUCAAAAUACUAAAGGAGCUCAAGCAUGAAAAUAUUGUCAGACUACUUGACUAUCAGGAAAUUGGAGGAUGUGUGUAUCUUGUCAUGGAGUACUGCAAUGGUGGGGACCUAGCAGAAUACCUUCACUCUAAGGGCACGCUAAGUGAGGACACCAUCCGAGUUUUCCUGCAGCAAAUUGCUCAGGCCAUGAAGGUCCUGCAGAGCAAAGGCAUCCUCCACCGAGACCUCAAACCUCAAAACAUCCUGCUCUGCCACCCAGAGGGGCGCAGGUCCAGUCCCAUUAAUACCUGCAUCAAGAUAGCUGACUUUGGCUUUGCGCGUCAUCUUCAAACAAACACUAUGGCAGCCACGCUGUGCGGCUCUCCCAUGUACAUGGCUCCUGAGGUCAUCAUGUCCCAGACCUACGACGCCAAGGCUGACCUGUGGAGCAUAGGAACCAUUGUGUACCAGUGUCUGACUGGGAAGGCUCCAUUUCAUGCCAGCACACCUCAGGACCUCCGUCUGUUUUAUGAAAGCAACAGGACCCUCUUACCCAGCAUCCCAAAGGAAACUUCUAGUAACCUCAGGAAUCUUCUGUUGGGGCUUCUGCAGAGAAACCACAAAGAACGGAUCAGCUUUGAUGAGUUUUUCCACCAUCCAUUCUUGGAGACGAGCUCAUCCGCAAAGAAAUGCUCUCCUGCUCCCCUACUCUCCUAUCCAAGUUCAGGCUCAGGCAGCUCCUCGAGCAGCUCCUCUACAUCACAUCUGGCCUCCCCUCAACAUUCCGAUGGAGAGAUACACCGUCUGCAUCCCAAAGCGCAGUGUUCCCCUCUGCAAACCUCCCCUGUCUUCACACUCAAAACAAUCACCAAUCAGCACAGCAGGAACGCCUCAUCUUCCACAGAGGACUUUGUCAUCGUGCCUGCUCAGUUUCCAAAUGAGUACACCCGUGAUGUUGAAGUGGAGUCACCUGUUGAGAGUUGCCUGAUCUACAGUGGGAGCUCACAGCUGGUCGCGAGAAGCCCUGGAUUUGCAGAAAAGACACCUCCACCUUCUCCCCGGCUGCACUCUCCCUCUAAGCCUGUUAGCAAACCUGCUGAAUUUGUCGGCCCUAAAAGCAGCCAAUCAGUGCCCAUUCCCGUCCCAACUCAGAUCCAAAACUACCAACGUAUGGAGCAGAACCUUCACCCUGCAGGCCUGCAUGGCUCCACUAGGGUCACACUCUGCUGUGCUGGCAGCAGCAGGGAGAACUCGCCUAAAUACAGAGGCUGUCGAGCUCCAGGAUCAGUCCUGACUGGAGGAGCCCGACCACAACAGCCCUUCCCAUUAAUGGGAAUGACACCAAAGAUCUCAGAGCCAACUCUCCCCCUCAGCACAAGAACUGGACUGCUCAACUCCCCUGAUGUACAGAACACCGGCGGCCUACAGGUUCAGCCAAGGAUGCCAAACCGAAACAUGACAGUCCCAGACCUUAAAUCCCUUACAUCUCCUGCUUCCCAGACCGACCUCAGCAGGAAAUCAGCCAAUAAGAAGGGCCCAUUUAAAAGAUCACUGAGCACAGGCAGGUUAUCUGACAUGCUGCUGAAAGCGGCCUUUGGAGCCCACCUGUUUGAGCAGGGAAGCGAUGAGAGCCUCAACUCUGAUAGAAGCAUGGAUAUAACAGCUCCACCUACUGGUUUCCACCAAGGCUUGCAGUUCACAGACAGCCCACCUCCUGCAGUUUUUACCAUGGGCUCUCCUUCCAAAGGAAACACUCCUCCUGACACUGUGUUAUCAAGGAUGUUUUCAGGCUCUCCCAGCUACAUGAACUCCGCCUGGCUGCUCAACAGUCGUCUUCUUCAGGGAGGAAGUCGCAGAAAUAGUGAGUCUGAAGCCAUGGAUGCUACUCCACACAGCAGUCUGGUUUUCCAUCCUCCAGAGCUUCCUGAAGACACACUGAUGGAGCAGGCCCAUACAGAUGCUCUGAGUGAGCUACGUUUCAUCCUGGCUUUUGUCCAUUGUGUCAUGGAGUUGGCUUCAUCUAAGGACCCGAGCCUUGAAACUGUCAACAGUCCUGAUGUUUCUUUUCUAGAGCAGAGCUUAGUGACUGAUCAGAUCAGCCUGUUGAGUAAAGAAUGGAGUUAUGCAGAGCAGUUAGUAUUGUACAUGAAGGCUGAAGAGUUUCUGUCAUCAGCACUGCACACAGCUAAAGACAAUAUCAAACAAGGACGACUCCUUCCCUCUUCCACAGUCAAACAAGUAAUCAGGAAGCUGAAUGACUUGUACAAGAACUGCGUGACUUACUGUCGCUCCCUCAACCAUCGACUGCAGACCUUCUUGCUCGACAAACAGAAGCUGAUGGAACGCUUUAACGGACUCACAGCAGAGAAACUCAUCUACAGUCACACCGUGCACAUGGUACAGACUGCUGCUCUCGAUGAGAUGUUCCACUUGGGCACAGCAUCAGCCCAACGCUACCACAAAGCCCUCUUGCUGAUGGAGGGUCUGUCUCGAAUCAUCACUGAGCAGAAAGACAUUGACAGUGUUGAUAAAUGUAAGCAGUGUAUCGAGCGACGCCUUUCUGCUCUGCAGUCUUAACAGUAUCCAUGAGCCCUGUGACUGCGCCCACAACAACAGCAUUAUCUUUCCUCAUCCAUCUCUUUUCAGUGCUGAUGGACUCUUCCAGUCUGUCAAUGCACAGAAGCACUUUGAUCUGUCUUAAGGGAAAUGACCAGUGGAGCAUUUGCUCUGACCCCUCUAGCCAGUCUCUAAUAUUUACAUAAAUGCACAGAAAAGACUGGAAGUCCUUUUUUGAUGAUAGAUUGUGAUAUGAUUGUUUGGAUACUUUGAUAAGAUAAUCUGUUGUCAGUAUUUUUGUUACAGACUGUAUGUAAGUGUGUUUUGUGUUUGCACAUAGAAUAAUCAGAUUGAAAAACAACUGUUAUUUAAUGGGUUUUACUUGAAAGAAAAUUUAAGUUGUGAUGCAUAUAUGUUAUGUGUUAGGCAAGGUUCACCAGUCAACAAGAGCCAGAAUGUUUUGGAUAACAUGACCAAAUAUUGCAAAUGCAUAGCAGUAAUUGUUUAACUGUGCCUGUUUUUUUGUGUUUGCCACAGCAGAGUAGUGGAUGUUAAAGCAAUGAGAGUGUCUGUCACCAUAACCUUUGAUAAGUUCAUUUUUCUUGAUGAGUUUUAGUUUUGAAAAGCUGAUCCACUAGUGUUUGCUGUCACUUAGGGAUGUACUUGAACAAAAGGUACAAAAACUGCAAGUCCCUAUGCUCUGCUUAUCUGAUGUAUGGUGCAUUGUAGCAAAUUAGUUUUUUAUGUUCUGUCUGUGUGGUUGUUUGUUAAAAGAUUGUAUUUGGUGAUGGAUGAAAUUGCACAUGAUUGCAGCCUAAAAGUCACUCUUUCAAUGCAAUGAAACAUUGAAUUUUUGUGUAUUUUUUGGGCUUGAAUGUAAGUUUAUUAGGAUGACAAAUUACCCUUUUCUACCUUAUGUGAGAAUGCUGGUAACAUUUCAAAGUGAAUUGUUACACACUGUUUGAUGAAAAUAAAUAUUUAUUA